CGUCUUGGUGUUUAAACACCAGGUAAUGAUCUUCAAGCACGUUACACAUUCCCGUGUCAUCACCAGGGUGAGUUACUGCAGACUGGACAAGUCGAGGUGGAAGAAAUAUUAUACUGUUUAUUAAAAUGAACAGGGAAACGGCACGAGAGAGGAAAUUACACCACAUUCAAAUCAAUAUGUUCUCAGUGUGGUUUGCAGCUGUUCACCGAGAUGAUGUAUGAAGAUGGAAGCUGCGUUCAUCGAUGCUUGAAAUGGACAAUUAGGGGUUAAGUAAAGAUUAUUUAAAGUAAUGAAAUAAAGUGAGUAUUUCUACUUCCUGGAGUGAAAAUCUGGAGCAGAUCAACACCGCAAGCGUAAAACACACUAGUGACUUUUAGGAAACUAAAGAAAAGUCAUGGAUCUAGUUCAUUAUAAAGGAUUAUUUUUAAUCAACUUGUAUUUUAUUUCCUCUCUCAAUUAGGAGUGAAUAGAUUCCAAAUAAUGUAUGGAAUUGACGCUAACUGAUGCUCAACGUAUCGUCUUCAUAGACUGAUAAUGUGUCUCGUUGACAAUACGCUCACAAUCAUAAUCAUAAUAAACCCACUGGUGACAUCUUUCCUUCGAUGUGAUGUGAUGAUGUGAGUGCCUUUGCCAGAUUUACCUCUGCUGGUUCCCGCUGAGGAAACGACCACGUGCUUGUUUGAAGAAAUGAGAAAGACUUCAACAGAAACUGGAGAGUUUCCUUCAUAGCGAGCGUUUCGCUUGACUCGCCUCGCCUCUCUUUUCUUUGCAGCUUCGCCUGAAACCUGAUGUGUGUUUUAAAAAAGGGGGGAAAAAAGAAGGACGACCUUCACCUUUAUCAGCUCAAGCAUGGCACCAGGAAGUUGGAGCACACGGCUGAAGGUGAGUCAAGCGACAGAAAUGAGCCGGAGUUUCCCACUGGGUGUGGAAAAGUGCAGGGCUCCAGGAGGAGGAGGAGGAGGAGGAGGAGUGACGGAGGCAUGGAUGUGAAAACAAAGAUGAGCCGCUGAAGGUUUGGAGUGAGCGCUGGUGAGGACACUGUAACUGAGAGUGAGUAGGACAAUACUUUUCAAAACUCUACCUUUAUCUUCGUCAACGCAGUGUUUUGAACAGAUUUUAAAGAAACAAAUAUUCUCAGUUGUGUGAGAGCAGCUCAUUGCAACACGCUGCCAGGAGCAUCCAGACUGUUGAUGAGGGAAGAAGAAGAUUCUCUUUGUUUCUUUGCCGCUGAGGUUUCCUGAUUGUUUGUUUUUAUUUCAUAUUCUUCACCUCCGGGUCUCUCCCUCUCUCCCUCUCUCCCUCUCUUCCUUCCUUCAGCAGUAAUUGGCCCCGACAGUGAUGAGAGAGGUGAAGGGGUCGAGAAGGGGAAGAUGAUUAACGAACGGCUUCUUCCUUUUUCUUGUCCUCACCCAGAAUCAUAUACUGUGAACGUAUUCAUUUAUUUACAUGUACUCAAAGCAGUUUGUUCACAGUAUUUAGAUUAAAAUAUAUAUGUAUACUAUUUGUAAUGUGCAAUUCACAACUCUUGCCUCAGCUCCAUUACAUUUUAUUUGAAUUUAAGAUUAUUAUUUUUAGGCAUUUUCAGCUUGGUUUUUGUUUUAUCAGCUUUAAUAUUUCAGUUUCCAGUUUGAGAUUAACAUGAAGUGAUUGAAAACGGAGAUAAAACGAGAGAGAAAUGAAUGCUGCUUGUUAACACGAUGUUGUGAUGUUGUCUCGUCCCUAAAUGGACAAAAGAAUUAUUUAAUACAGGUUUUGAGUUUCAAAUAAUGCAGAAACAGAAAGAUUAAUCAGAGCUCAGCCAUGGCCAGCAUCAUCUACUACGGAGAAUUUCACAACUGCACUUUUGUGGACCGACUGAUGCAGCACUACUUCCUCCCCGUCUCCUACUCCAUCAUCUUCAUCGUGGGCCUGGUGGGAAACGUGACCUCCAUCGGUGUUUACGUGACGAAGCUGCGUCCCUGGAAGAGCAGCAGCAUCCUCAUGGUGAACCUGGCCGUGACCGACCUGCUCUACGUCCUCAGCAUGCCCUUCCUGGUGCACUACUACAGCAACGGCGAUUCCUGGGUGCUCGGCGACUUCAUGUGCCGCUUCGUGCGCUUCGGGUUUCACUUCAACCUUUACGGCAGCAUCCUCUUCCUGACGUGUCACGCAGUUUUCCGCUAUGUGGUGGUGGCGAAGCCUUUGAGGGCCCUGCAGGUGCAGCAGAAGUUCUGGGGUAUAGUCGCGUGCUCGGCUGUGUGGGUCAUCGCCGCCGCUGAAAUCUUUCCCAUGUUGACGAUGAUAUCGUUGACCGAACACGACAACAAGACGUACUGUCUGGACUUUGCGAGCACCAUACCUGCCGAAGGUGAUGAGGACACUGACGACAUGCGGUGGUAUAGCUUGACGCUCACCACAGUCGGAUUUCUCCUCCCCCUAGUGGUGGUGUCCAUGUGCUACAUCUGUAUAGGCAGAAAGCUGGCGGACGGGCCCAGCAUGACCACUUCCUGUCGCAUGCGAGCACGCUGCUCGACCGUGCUCAUCCUGGUAGUGUUCGUCGUGUGCUUCCUGCCCUAUCACCUUUUGCGUGAGUUGCGAAUAGAAACUCGGAGUAGGCUCGGGAUUCCGUGCAUGGUGGAGCGAGUCGUCCACGCCGCCUACAUUGUCUCCAGGCCUUUGGCCGGAUUCAACACGUUUUUUAACCUGGCCCUGUACACGCUGUCCGGUGACCAGUUCAGAGGAGCCCUCCUCAACACUUUCUACUGGAAGUCGUGGUUGACCAAGUCCUUGUCGCUGGUCCACGUGGCCAUCGUCAGCAGAUCACACUCGGACGUGGCUGCUGUGUGAGUCACUGAGGCUGGAUUCAGAUUGUCCUUUCCUUGACCUCAAUGGAAAACGUCAUAAAGGUCAAGGAAAGGUCUAAAGGAGGAUAAUGUUGGCUACGAAGCUAAAAGGAAAAGUUUGUCACAUUGAGAAUGUUUGCUCUCGCUCCUGUCACUCGUAUUUAUCCACAUGACACCGUGUGAUGUAAAUGCUGCAAGGCAACGGUAACUUAAAUGAUGACGUGCGUCCCUUCUGGGUCUUGUUCAUUCUCUUCCUCUUCUUCUACCUCGAAUUGAAUCAUUUAGGUCCGUGCACGGCGCGUCACGUUAAAUAUCGCUGCCGCAAUGAAUUGUGGGUUGUCUACAUCUCCUUUCCUUUCGCAUGGGAAGCUCCAGUGUACCCUAUGCUAUAGGAGAUAGGAAAGGAAGCCUUGAAGCUCCUCUGACGCUAACCUUUUCCGUCAUUUCAGCCCUCUUGGACUCAAGCAGAGGACACACUGUACGUCAGACGUGGGAUGAUGGGAAAGCUGCAUGGAUAUUAAUCUGUCCUCCCCCGCGAUAAUAAACGGCCCCAUUCGUUUUGCUUUGUCUUGGACAGAAACUGCAUGACAACCCUUUAAGUGUAAACAUAAAUGACUAAAGGUAGAAGCCAUAAAGUUUGUUUGCAUUUCAAAUGAGACCCUCUAUCUGCACUUUGUCUGUCUCUGUGAGUGUAAUUUACCUGAUGGACAAUAUAAUGGAUUCUUUUGUUUGCCACUAUAAUUAUAAACAAAGUUUGCAUAUCUGAGCUGUGGUGAGAUUCCCCUUUCCAGAGUUCCUGUUUUGAUAUCUGAUGCCGAAAAUGAAGUCUGUGGUUUUGUUGUAAAUGACAUAAUGUCCAUUCCACCUAUAAAUAUCUCCACGGUCAAUCUGAGGCUGUUUUGUGAGUUUAAAAGUUUACUUUUCGAAUUUAACUCUCCUUGUUUUUGUGAUUAAACUUCCGCUUCAUUACUAAAUGUAGAGUGAUAAAUCCAUUUGAA